AUGAGCGGAUUCGACGGAUUAGGCGCAUCAGACGCAUCAGACGCAUCAGUAUUGGCCCAGUUGCAUGCACUCAGCCUCCACGACAAGCCAAUAGUGCGUCAAACUGAGCACACACUUGCACACGCAUCCGGCACACCCAGCGUACCCAGCACCAUAACAUCAUGGAAGAUGAAUGAGCACCAAUACGCCAAAUCCCCUAGUCCCUUCCCGACGCUAGCUCGGGGGCUAUUCACGCAAGGCGAGCGUAUAAUCGUGCGUGGCUACGACAAAUUCUUCAACGUCGACGAGGUGCCCUGGACGAGUUGGGGUGCGAUAGAGAGCACAACAGCGCCGCCAUACGUCCUGACGUUUAAAGAGAACGGUUGCAUAAUCUUUAUAGCCGCGUUGACGCGCUCGAAAGUGGUAGUGACGAGCAAGCACGCGCUGGGUGGGCCGAGUGAGCAAGCGGCUGCAGCGGGAGUGGAAGAGUCGCAUGCACAGGUGGGAGAGCGGUGGCUGGCAGCGCAUCUGCAGCGUGCACACAAGAGAGAGGCGCAGCUAGCGGAGGUGCUGUACGACCACAGCUGGACAGCCGUUGCGGAGCUGUGCGACGACUCCUUCGAGGAGCAUGUGCUGGGCUAUGCGCAGGAGCGCUCUGGGUUGCAUCUCCACGGGCUUAAUAGCAACACGGCUGCUUUCUCAACUGCGCCUUUCGACGUCGUGCAGAGCGUGGCGGAGACGUUUGGCUUCCUUCCCACUCGCGCUCGCUCCUUUUCCUCCCUCGAGCGUGUGCGCGCUUUUGUGGGGAGCGUGCAGUCAGAAGGCGGGGUCGACGGCGAACCUAUUGAGGGAUUCGUCGUGCGGUGCCAGAAUAAGAACAACGUACAGCUUAACAACACCCAUCACUCUACAAACUCCUACUCCCACUCUCCUUUCUUCUUCAAAAUCAAAUUCGACGAGCCUUACCUGAUGUACAGGGAGUGGCGGGAGAUCACGCGCGGCCUGCUCGCCAAGCACGCAGAAGGCAAACUGGGGAGCGAUGAAGGGGGCGUGCGCAAAUCAAGUUACCCCGACUCAGUCGUGUAUCGGGACUGGGUGCGCGGGCUAAUCAGGGAGCAGCCGGCUCUAUUCGCGCAUUUCGGUCGCAGUAAGGGGGUAAUAGCACUGCGCGAGCGAUUCCUCGCCGACGUUCAGACAGGCGAGCUCCAUACCAAGCUUGCCAAUGUACGCGAGACAUGGGGCCGGAAGCAGAAGAGCAACGCGCAAAAAGUGAAACCGACUAAACCGAACAAGGAUGAAAGGGAAUUCGAGAGGACAAUGAUCGUCCCUAUUGCGGUACCUGGCUGUGGAAAGACUGCUGUCAGUAUGGCGCUCGCUAGGCUGUACGGCUUCGGGCACACGCAGUCGGAUGAUGUCCAGACAAGAAAGACUGGUCCGACGUUCGAGAAGAAUGUGGCGGAGCUGCUCAAGGUGCAGACACACCCAGACACACAAUCGCAAUCACAUGCACACUCGGUCGUCAUAGCCGACCGCAACAACCACAUGAAGCAGCACCGCGCGCGCUUGAACAACCUCCCCUUCGAGCAGAAACCGCCGCUGGGGCGCGUGCGCAUGAUAGCGCUCUACUGGCCCAUGGACUCAUACACGCUCAACACGGUGUUGCGCGUGUGCAGCGAGCGCGUUCAGCACCGCGGUGCGCGCCACCAAUCCCUCCGACCAGAUGCAGAUGGCGGGCAAACGCACGAGGACGUCAUUGUCAACUUCAUCAACCAGUUCGAGGCGCUCGAUGGGAGUGCUGAGCUGUUCGAUCAUGUGGUAGAGCUCGGGCUGGAAGAUGACCUCGGGACGGCGACGCGAAAGGCUAUCGCUGGUCUGCGAGACGCCGGCGUCGAUCUCAAGACAGUCACGCAGGAUAGAUUCAUAGAGGUGCUCGACGACGUCGCCGUGUACGACCCGCAGUACAAACGACCUGACGAGCAGAAUGGACUCAAGAAAAAGGUGAGGUCGACCUCACCCCGGUAUUUCGCCGUGGGGGUAGAGUGUAGACUUGCGGAGCUUUGUCGGGGUAUUUUGCAAGGCGAAGGACAGCAGCAGGAGAGGCAGAAAGCGUUCCUCAACCACCUCGUGUCGCACGAUAGAAUAGCUAAUGUCCCGCAUAUCACUCUCCUUCACCACAAGGAGAUGGAGGGCGUGAAUGAGACCGUAAAAGAGGAAUACGAGGAGUGCUGGAACAUGUUUAGCUCCUCUGCAAACCCCAUAGACUUCAAAUUCAGGGUGGAUGCGCUCGUCUACAAUGAGCGCGUUAUGGCUUUGUCACUGUCGAGCGUCAGCGUAGAGAACCCCGCUGACACGCGCGUAAAGAGCAUGGUUGAGCGUGUUAUGGAGAAGAAGGUGCUGCAUAUCACCGUAGGCACACGCGAUGCCACCGUCAAUCCAUUCGAGAGCAAAGCGGCGGUGGAGGAGUGGAGGCGGGGGAGUGAGCAGGUGUACGCCAGUGCGGUGCAAGGUGUCGAGCUAGGUGGCAGGCUGAGAGGAAUGUUUUGA